AUUUAAAAUAUUAUAAAACAAUUAAAAGAUCGAUAAAAUGGAAAGAAAGAGGAUCAAGAUCAUGACUAUAAAUUAACCAAAGCUUUUCGUCAGACGGACACAACAACAGUCUUCACUUUAACGCUGUGCGCUUUCUCCUCCUGUUCCCACACAAACAAACAACCUCAUAUCCAGACAAAAAAAAAAAAAAUGGCGAAACGUUUCAAAUUCAAGAUGUCGAGAAUCUUCCUCUGUUUCAAAUUCUGCCGUUCAAAAGACCCAUCUUCUCUCCCGGUGGACCCCCACCACCGUCAAGAUCCGGCGAAGCCCCACCGUCGAUCUUCCUUCAAGCGCCACGUGUCGUCCGCCUUCGGCUGCGGCAUCUCUCGCAAGAACUUUUCCGACGUCGGCCGUUCGGAGACUCCUCCGUCGCGGGCGUCGACGCCGAGGUUCCACUGGCGAAACGAGGGAAAGUGGCACGUGAUGGCCAGAGCAGCACACGAAGAGGAGGAGGAGCGUCGCCGGAAAAUAUACCACGGCCGUAGAAACGACGGCGUUUUAACACGCCGGGACGAAAAACGACAACGCGUGCAGCAAAAAACGGCACGACGUGCGCGGCUGAGCACGUCAUUUGCCGACGAAAGUGCCGAAAACGACGACGGAGACGAGACGGAGAGCCUGAUACCGUCCUCUAGAAGCUUCUCCGCCGAAGACUCCUCCUCGGACGCGCCACGUGGCACAAGGCGCAACAAGAACCGCAGAAAGCCGCCGAAACGGUGCGUUUCGAAGAGGAGCAACAGUAACAGAGCUUCCUCGACGGAGACGGAGACGUCGCCGGUCGACAGUUCGCCGUGUGCAGCGGCGGUGGCGGUGGUGAAGAGGUCGGAGGAUCCGUACGAGGAUUUCAAGGGGUCGAUAGUUGAGAUGAUCGUGGAGAAGAAGCUGUUCGACGCCGCGGAGCUGGAGCAGCUCCUCUGCUGUUUCCUCGCUCUGAAUUCACGGCGACACCAUCGCACCAUCAUAACCGCAUUCUCAGAGAUCUGGUCGGCGCUGUUUUCCGGCGACCGGAGCCGGCGACCCUCUACUGUUAGGCUCUCCGACUAUGUAUGAUAUUAAUGUUAAAAAAAUAAGUAAGCCCUUGGUCGGAUUUUACUUAAUUGAAUAAUAUAUGGAAGCAUGCAACUUCUAUCUCGAGUGAAAUUCUCUAAUCUCUUGUGGGCAUACGGCCACACUCGCACCAGAGCCUACUUCAGCGUUUGACACGUGGACGACCAAGGAUGGUUGGUGGUCACGUCAUCAGUACUUUUGACUAAUCGAACAUCGAAAUGACAAAAUGAUUGAAGGGGCAAAAGUGUAAUAAAACAAAGUU